UUCGGAUUCAAUUGACCCUUAACAAUAUCGAAUAUCUCAGCUUCAUCUACAUUUACCUAUGCGCCAAUUAGUUUAAUCAUUCCAACCAUCUUGUCAUUGUAAAAUCCGGGCUAACAUUAGCUCUAUUUGAACGCGACGGCCGCGACGAACGCGUCGACUUGCAUCGUUACUCGCCAUAACUUUUACAUUCACAAUUGCUCAAAUUCAUUUGAGCCAAUCUAGUCCAUAUCGAAUAGAUAAAUCAUCCAAUGCCGCCUCGAAGACGAGAGAAUAAAGAAGCAGUAGAGCCGCCCGCGGAACCUGCCUCGCCAUCGCCAGAUCCAGACCUAGAACGCUCCCCUCCAGGAUCCGAUGCGUCGCCAAGUGCCGACUUGUCCCACAACGAUUCGGAGCCGCCACGCUUCUUCAACACCACAUUUACUACGUAUCGUGUGUCGCCUCUCUACGUAGGUAAACAAAAAUUAACGCAUGCGCGCCUACAACUCCUAUCCAAGCAUCUACGAGACACUCUCGUUGGCGACGUAGUGCGCGGCGUACAGGUCGGGUUGGACGGAGAUGCAGAAUUAGGGCGUACAGGUGCCUUAUAUGCUGUGGAGUGGCGAUGGGUCGAUGCCGAGAAGAUACUCAGAGGAGGUAGUCGGCGAGAAGGUAGCGUAGAGUUGGGGAAUGACGCCGACGAAACCGAUGAGCGGGCGCAAGGGGGUAAACAGCGAGCUCUAUCUAUAGAGCUAAGGUACGAGAACGCUCGGUUUAGCGCUCUGCUCUUGUCCGAUCUAUCUGAAGACGAAGACAUACCAGGCUCUAAUUACCGGCCCUCGUGGACGUGGCGGACGGAUGAUAAUAGUGGCUCCAAGCCGGGAGAAGAUGAUGGAACGGCAUUCUUACACUUGCCGUUGCUUCUAUUCCGGAUGCCCGCACCUCUCAAAUCCGUACUCGUUGAUUUCCUAUCCAACACUUUUGACUGCCGUGUUAGCCCCCUUGCGCUAGGCACACGGACGCUCGUGAGUAGUUGGGAGGCUUGGUUGUCCGAUAAUCACUCCAACAGAAACCGACAUAUGCCGAGUAAACAUAUUCUUAUUACGCUCGGUUUUCACGUUGAGCCAAGGGAAUCUAAAGGGCAAAGUAGUGGAAAUGAACUUGAUUAUACAAGUGAACAAAAUCAAGGCCAAAAGCAAGAUCUGCCUCGUGUAGGCAUAAAAACUAUUGACAUUACCAUUCCCGCCGCGGAUGUGUACCGGUUCCUACGCGUGGGUGAGAAGCUCGGUAGCAAACCUACGGCUGCCGUCAUAACGAGGAAGCGGAAAACGGACGUACAAACCGCUUUAUCAGAUGACCAGCAGAGUAGGAGGCGCCGGAAGCUCGCGGGCGGCAAGAAUGAAGAAGGAUGGGCAUGGCACAGGCAGUAUCACGAUAGUAUCGAAGGAGAAGCAGAGGAGAACAUUAUCAAGCAGCCAUUCACCGAUGCCCUAGCCGCGUACAUGUGGCACCACCUUGGCCUGGACAUGUUCCACCCGGGCGUUCGCGUGCAACGAGUUGCAUGUGACGGGUUCGCACUGUCUGAAGGGAGGCUUAAAGUAUUCGCCCCGGUUCGCGGGCAUAGCAACGAUAGCGAUGGCGAUGAGCAGGAAUCUUCCGCGUGGAAGCUAGUCCAAGGGUUGGUGCGGAAAGCUAAAGGGACGUCAAGUUGGGCUUCCGGAGCAGUAGCAAAUAUGAUACGACAGCAUUGAGGUGUAAAUACCUAGGGACACGAAGUGUGACUUAUAACCUAAGAAAUUAAGGAUGCUGGUACAGCAGAGAUACCUAAAAUUAGGAACAGCUUAUGAAGGCGUGGAUGGUUAAUGAUACCCUCGGAUGUAGCACUGGUAAGGAGUUAUAACAGGUCAAAUGAAAAUUCAUUUAUUCUUCACUCACUCUCACUCUCACUCUCACUCAGGUGUCUGCUCAGGUACCUCUUAUGUAGGUAGUCCAUAGUGUCUCAUCCCUAUUCACCCCUGCAUCAAGAAAGGAAAAUAAUUAUGGAGGCCCAUUUGAAUCUCAAGAGUGAACAGC